AAGUCUCAAGUGCAUGAGGAGGAUGGCUUCAAAGGAGAGGAAACUGCAGAGGAAGAGGACGCUGCACAUGCAGAGCAGAACACAAUGAAGACUUGCUGCGGACUUUUCAAAUGUGACCUUCACUGAGACUGUUUUUUGUUAACUUCUGGACGACAAGAAGAAACAGCAGAAGGAGCAGGGUGUGAAUCUAACCUCCGGUAGUGACUUAUCAGCACCUUUUGGACCUUGCACCUCCGGCACAGGUUUGAUCACAUGCAAAGACAAUCUACUGUCCAUGUGUUGCUGAGACGCUCUGCUAAGAUGGCAGGGGAUGAGCGCAGAUAGCCGGCGACGUCUUGACAACGCAUUUAGGGUUCCAUGGUCGAGAUCCUAACGAGAGCGAGCUCUUCCCGCUAACAAACACUUCAACAGAAACAAUGACGUCCUUCAGUCCACUUCCGUCACAAGACGCCAACGGCAGCGCCACAUCCUCCAAGAGAGAGGAGCCCCAGGAGUCCAUGAAGUUGAAGAAGGAGAUCUCGCUCCUCAAUGGGGUGUGCUUGAUAGUGGGUAACAUGAUUGGCUCGGGCAUAUUUGUGUCACCCAAGGGAGUCCUCAUCCACAGCGCCUCCUACGGGCUGUCGCUGGUGGUGUGGACUGUCGGCGGCAUCUUCUCUAUCUUCGGGGCGCUGUGCUACGCCGAGCUGGGGACAACCAUCACCAAGUCAGGGGCCUCCUACGCGUACAUCCUAGAAGCCUUUGGAGGCUUCAUGGCCUUCAUUCGACUGUGGACGUCGCUGCUCAUCAUCGAGCCCACCAGCCAGGCCGUCAUUGCCAUCACCUUCUCCAACUACAUGGUGCAGCCCAUCUUCCCCACGUGCAUCGCACCGUAUGUGGCAAACAGGCUGCUGGCUGCCGCAUGCAUAUGUUUGCUGACCUUUGUCAACUGUGCCUACGUGAAAUGGGGCACAAGGGUGCAGGACUUCUUCACUUACGCCAAAGUCAUCGCACUCAUUGCAGUCAUCAUCACAGGCCUGGUGAAGAUUGGUCAAGGCCACACACAGAACUUUGAGGGACUCUUUGAUGGAUCAUCUCAGGACCCAGGAGGCAUCGCCUUGGCUCUGUACUCGGCUUUGUUCUCCUACUCUGGAUGGGACACCCUCAAUUUUGUCACAGAGGAGAUCAAGAACCCUGAAAGGAACCUGCCAAUGGCCAUCGCCAUUUCUAUGCCCAUCGUGACCGUCAUCUAUAUUUUGACUAACGUGGCUUAUUACACAGUCCUGCCUAUGAAUGCCAUUUUAGACAGCGACGCUGUGGCCGUGACGUUCGCAGACCAGGUGUUCGGAGUGAUGAAUUGGACCAUUCCCUUGGCGGUUGCUUUGUCCUGUUUCGGAGGACUCAACGCCUCCAUCCUGGCGUCUUCCAGACUCUUCUUCGUGGGGUCCAGAGAAGGACACCUGCCCGACUACCUGUGCAUGAUUCACGUCCAUCGCUACACCCCCAUCCCCGCCCUGCUCUUCAACGGCGUCAUGGCGCUUAUCUACCUGUGUGUGGAGGACGUCUUCAAGCUCAUCAACUACUACAGCUUCAGCUACUGGUUCUUUGUGGGCCUGUCUAUUCUGGGACAACUGUACCUGCGCUGGAAGCAGCCGGACAGAAAGAGACCGCUAAAGCUCAGCUUGUUCUACCCCAUCAUUUUCUGCCUCCUCACCAUCUUCCUGGUGGUGGUGCCACUCUACAGUGACACCGUCAACUCCCUGAUUGGCAUCGGUAUCGCCCUGUCCGGGGUGCCUGUUUACUUCCUGUGCUGCUACACUCCGGCUCACCGCAGGCCCAUGUGGUUACGGAGCUUCAUCGCCAAGUCUGGCGUGCUCAUUCAGAAGGUGUGCUUCUCUGUUGUAACGGAAAUGGAUGUGGACCAUACUGACUAGAGCCAAUUGCUUUUCACUGGGCCCAUGCUGGCUUUGAGCAAGACCUGGGAUUCUGUCAAUCAUUACUCUGGUCAAAGUGUUUUUUGUUUUGUUUUUUUACUCAACCUUUUAAUGCACUGCAAAUGUGUUAGAGAACUAUUUAAUUGCUGUGUCCAGCGGCAUCACAUCUUUUAAAUUUUCCUGGAAGGAGAAAUAUUAUUUUGAUCGCCGAGUUCUUCCAGUGGAAACCGAAGGCACUGUUGGUCACAGUACUACCAACAAGCAGUAGAGCGAUUGUAGCUUAUUCUCACAAGGGACAGUUUAUUAUUUAUAAUAAAAUGAUGUGAAAAUGUG